AUGAGUCCGGAGGAGCAUUGGUGGUGGGGCACCCCUGAAUACCUCAUGGGUAACUGGCACGGCCAAUGGCGAUGGUGGAAGCCGAUGCAAUCAACGGACGAGAUCAGAUCCAUGAAGUCCGUGCGGAAAUUGUGGGCCACGUCACCAGACCUCACCAGCAUCGCCCACAUGAACGAUUGGUAUGACCGUCGGGGCGACGUUUCCCCGCAGGUCACCGGCGUGGGCGUGCAGUGGGACAUGUCCCUUGCAGAGAACAGCCUGCCAGACGGGUUCUGCCACGUGGCAGCCAGCAAAUUCCGCCGUUACACCGUCAGCAGGAAGGCGGACGGGAUCUGGGGACCUCUGGAGGUUUCAGAUGGGGAAGGGGGCAUUAAGCUGCCUUUCCUGGAGGAGUUCUUCUUCUCCCACAGUGCCUCUCUGGAGGUGGGGGAUGGGGCUGCAGGCAUUAAGUUGCCAUUCCUGGUGGAGUUCUUCUUCUCCCACAGAUUCGAGUCCGACGGAGCUUUCCGUGUAUCAGUGGUGGUCGAGGAGUCACUAGAUACCAACGAACGCCGCCCUGCCGACUGGGUCUGGCCAACGUGGGGCCCGGGCGGCGUCCCGUCCCAUCUGCCCGACCACCUGCCGCCCGUUCCGGCACUAGAUGACAAGACGAUGGUGGGAACUCGCACUGUUCUGACUCGCAAACUGAUGGUUCAGGAGCGGGAGAACGUGUCCUGGGCAGAGGAAUGGAGCCCUAACGGCGCUGCCGCUGCUGCCGCCAUUGCAGCAGCAGCAACAGCAGGAGCAGGAGCAGGAAAUAAUGGUGAAGCAGCGUUGGCGGGAGGAGCUGCACCAGAAGCAUCAGCAGCAGCGGCAGCGGCUGGGUUCAUGGGCCGAGUGCCAGAGGGAGAUGAGGAGCGGUAUGCGGUGUUUGCUCUACCCCACGGGGUGGUGGUGUGCGCCCCGCGCUCGCUGCAGCUGGUGGCAGGGAGGCCGUUUGUGCUGUCGGUGUCGUGGGUGGUGGGGGAGGUGGGCGAGGGGGUUGUGGGUGCAGGGGAGGUGAAGCGGAUUACUGCCUCUUGGGGGGCUGAUGGGGGCUUUGAGAAAGUGGAAGGCGAGUGGUACAGGAGACAGGCGUGA